CAACUGGAAACCCUUGCGCACGUACAUACAGUAAGAUCUAACUGCAAGGCUCGCGUUAAUGUGAAUUUUGCCAUUGAACAUCGCCAUAGUUUCCCGACUUAUCUGCGCUUGUUCCCACAGCAAACCAAUCCAAACCUACCUAACCUAGGUUCACUUUUCUUCGCCUCCCAUUAUUCUUUCUUCUUUUCACAAAUCACGCAAGUUCAACAACCGUCGUCGCAUCGUCUUCGUCGCUUCCCGACAUCUACAACGCGGCGGCAAGCAUACGUCAACGGAGAAAUACUACUUCCCUAUCUCAACUCAACUUUGUUAUGAGGCAGGCAAUGUCCGUUGACGCGUGCUCAGUAAAAUGAUAGCACGGAAUAAAUUACCCUACCAAUCUAUGUACCUAUUGUAAUCUCGGUCCCGUAAGGCCUGACCGGUUGAGGCAUUAAAGUGAUUUUGAUAUGGCCGAAAUCGCCGAUUCUGAUCUUCCGGAUCCUUUAUCAUCGACCCCUCCCGGCUUUGUUGCGACUCCUACAUUGUCUCCUCAGAGCAUAGAAGAAGAUGAUGAUGAUUCUAUUAUGACCGAGUCUUCUCCCAGUAUCCGACCACGUUCUCGACCUAUUUACGACCAAAACCCCCCGCGUAGCAGCAGCUCGGCUCCUCGUAUUAUAUCCUCUCCCAUAUCGUCUAGUAAUUCCGAGGGAAUUGUAGAAUUCAUCGACCAUAUUUACCCUGACGGGUCCUCGGUAGACAGUGACAAUCCUCUCUUGGAUAGCCCACACGGCCAUAUAGGCAUCGACGACGAUUUCUUUGAUGCGUAUGACUCAGAAGAAAGCCUAUUUGUGAACGACCGCCCCGAUAGAGACGGUGAUAUUGAUAUAUUUAGUCGCCUGUCUCCCGAUCUUUGGCCAAGCGGUUCGGAAGAUAAUAACGCUGCAGGAAACCAUAGAUCGCCCAGCAUGGAUGGGUUUAGAGAGCUAGAGAGCCUGAGAGACGAGUUGGUAGAGUUUGAGGUAGAGCGCGCUGGGAACCCUGCGGCUCGGAGACAAAGACAGCAGCAGCCUCAAAGAGAACCUGAGGUGAUCGAUUUGACAGGUGAUAGUCCUGUUCAACAUGCACCUCGAAAUCGUUAUCAGACUCUUCGUGGACGACGUUCACUACAGCGAGGCACUCCUCCCCGAUUAGAACGCAGUGAUGCUAGCUACAUGAACUCUCAGACCGUCAUCGACCUCGUCUCGGAUUCCGACGACGAGCCCGCAAUAAUGCCGCAGCCUAGACGAAGCAAUCCUCCUCCUCCUCCUCCUCGCAAUCCUCCUCGCAAUCCUCCUCGAGAUGAACUUGUCCGAGAUCACAAUCGACUGCGGCAACAAAUGCAACAAAUGCAACCGGAUCUCCUUCCUGGCCGCAACGCUUUUGAUCAGAUUCAACAUCUCAUGAACCACAUUCCUUUAUUUCGUCUCCUCAACAAUCAAAACCCUAUGGCAAACAACCACGACGAUGAUCUAGUCAUGCUAGGUCAUCGUAAUGUAAUGCAAGAGGGGAUACCGCAGCCCAACCUUCCCCCGGUGGAUCUCGACUAUGACGCUCAUCCUUUUCCGAUGCCACAGCCCGCACCAGUAGGCGCUGGCCCGAAGCCUGCACAUGAGCCUCCGAAAGAGACAAGACCAGGGUUUACGAGAGACACGGGCGAGGAUGUCGUAGCUAUCUGUCCCAGUUGCGACCAGGAGCUGGCUUAUGAUCCGGAUGAUGAUGCGAGCAAUGCAGCUACACCUUCUAGAAAAGCUCGCACGAAGAAAGACAAGGCUGAGCAUCAUUUUUGGGCCGUUAAGGCCUGCGGACAUGUCUACUGCAGGAAGUGCUACGAGUACCGCAAGUCCACGGGCAAGAAUCGCGUCCCUGUAGGUUUCCGACCUGACCCCAGCGGCGCCAAAAACAAGCUGAUCUGCGCCGUCGAAGACUGCAGCUCAGACGUGAGCGCGAAGGCCGCGUGGGUCGGCAUCUUCCUAUGAUGCGUUGUCUUCACAUUACUCCUCCGAGUUGAGUUGAGUUGAGUUGAGUUGAUUUAGUCUGGUCCGGGGAUGCUGGAUACUCAACUUAAGACAAUUCUACGGCGUUGCGACAAUUCUCCAGUACUCAUAUUUGCAUCAUAAGGCGUUCCGUUAAGGCAAGGGUAUAAAGGUGGGAAUGACGGUCGGAAGGGAACUCUGAGGUCAAUAUCCUCACACUUUGUUUGUAACUUAGGUACUUUUUCUUUACCAUUCUCCCCGCGUGGUCUGCGGCGUUUGUAUUCUUACAGACUCAGACUUGAUUGCACUUACUGGUUUCCCCAUCAUACCCAAGACUUGAGGUCUACCGGCGUAGGACGAGAUACGGUGGAUAUGGCAGAUGGGCAAGGUGUGUUUUACCUACUUGGGUUGCGUCACGCUGUACUCUAGCCUACUAGGUGGCCCAUAAGAGGCUUUCAGCCAGCCUACAUAGGUAGGCAAUAGACGCAUCGUUGUGUUCCGAAAGUAGGCCCGUCAAAACUACGACUUGUAUUUCUAAUGACUUAUUUUCUAGCAAAGUGUUUGCAGUAUGCUAAAUUCACGGAGGGGCAAGGCUGCCUGCC